AUGAAAACUUUGCUGCAUUACUUGUUCCUCCUCUGCUUCAAUAUCCUCCUCCCUGCAGUUCACAACCAGUGUAUUAAAAACCAGCAACAAUCGUUGCUCUAUUUGAAGAAAAGCCUUCAAUUUGAUCUACCUUCCCGGCUCAUGUCUUGGAAUUCAAGCACCGACUGUUGUUCUUGGGGUGGUGUUACUUGCACUAGCAAUGGGCACGUUGUUGGUCUUGACCUUAGCCUAGAAACUAUCUCCGGUCCAAUUCCAGGAUCCUUCACCAACUUUCCAAACCUGAGAGAGUUGGACUUGAGUUCGAACUACAUCUCUUAUAUUCCAGGUUCCUUUGCCAACCUUUCAAACCUAAGGGUGUUGGACUUGAGUUGGAACCCCAUCUCCGAUCCAAUUCCAGGAUUCUUUGCCAAUUUUUCAAAGUUGACUUCCUUGAGUCUCAGUGGUUGUCAAUUGAAUGGAACAUUUCCCAAAGAGAUCUUUCAGGUACCUACUCUACAGAUUAUUGACCUUUCGGGUAAUUUUAAACUUGGUGGUUCCUUGCCAGAAUUUCCCAAGAAUAAUGGAUCUCUUCAGCGGUUGAUUCUACGCCAGACAAACUUUUCAGGGUCACUGCCUGAAUCAAUUGGAAACCUCAAAAUGUUGUUCAGGAUAGAUCUUUUCAAAUGCAAUUUUACUGGAUCAAUCCCGUCGUCACUCUUUUCUCUUCCCUUAUUGUCAGAAAUAAACCUUUCCUACAAUCAAUUCUCUGGUGAACUUACAUUUUCUAAUGUCUCUUCCAACUUAGUUAACCUUGAUUUAAGCUUCAACAAUUUGGAAGGACAAAUAUCAGUGUCUAUAUUUAAUUUUCAAUUCCUUGAAUCACUUCAGCUUUCUUCCAACAAUUUCAAUACCUUUCCGUUCAAUGGCCCUCAACAGCUAAAAUAUCUUACGAACAUCGACCUUUCAAACAAUAGCUUGCUGAGUUUAUACAAUGGUACGGAUUCCUCAUAUUCCUCGUUUCCUCAAAUUGUUUCAUUGAAUUUGGCUGCUAACAAUUUGACAACAAUCCCAUAUUUCUUGAGAAAUCAAUCCACAUUAUCCAGUUUGAACCUUUCAGAAAACCACAUCCAGGGCAAGAUACCCCAUUGGAUUUGGAGUUCCAAUCAACUUGAUUCCCUAAAUCUUUCUUGUAACUCCUUGGUUACUCUGGAACCUCCUUUAUAUAAUUCUACGGUGAAAAUUGUUGACCUUCAUUCAAAUCAACUUCAGGGACAAAUCCCCACUUUCCUACCAUUUGCCAAGUAUCUGGAUUACUCGAGAAAUAAUUUCAGCUCUAUACCAUCAAAUAUUGGUGAUUUCCUCACAGACACACUGUUCUUCUCUCUUUCGAGCAAUAACUUGCAUGGGCUCAUUCCAGCAUCAAUAUGCAAUGCCCCAAAUAUUCAGAUUCUUGAUAUGUCUAAUAAUUCUCUCAGUGGCAUGAUUCCCCAAUGCUUGACUGCAAUACGCGAUAUUAGUGUACUUAACUUAGCGAGAAACAACCUCAUUGGAACUAUUUCUAAUGUUGAAGUUUCUAAAGAUAGUUCAUUGGAAAUUCUAGAGAUCGGUAGAAAUCGAUUUGGUGGCCAGGUUCCAAAAUCUCUAGCUAAAUGCACUAAGUUGAAGGGAAUACUUUGGAGAACAUGGCAUACAAUGAUGGUUACCGAAGAGGGUUCCCAAUUGACAAUCAACGGCCACGAGCUUAGAAGGAUAUCUAUAAAUCCACUGGACAGAAACAGUGAUAGAUUGGUGGAGGUUUCUUUGGGCUUUGAGUAUGGUAUAAGUAUUACAGUUACCAACAAAGGUUCAGAGAUGAAUAUGGUAAAGAUUCUAUGUAUCUUCACCUUGAUUGACUUCUCAUGCAAUAAUUUCAGUGGUCCAAUACCCAAGGAAAUGGGAGAAUUCAAAUUACUAUAUGCCCUUAAUUUGUCCAAAAAUGCUUUCACAGGCGAAAUCCCAUCCUCAUUUGGUAACAUGAGCGCACUCGAGUGCUUGGACCUGUCACAGAACAAGUUGAGUGGGUACAUUCCACCACAGUUGGGAAAGCUUACUUUCCUUUCGUUCUUGAAUCUCUCAAACAAUCAACUGGUCGGCAGGAUCCCAACCAGUACUCAAUUUUCAACAUUUCCAAAAGCCUCCUUUACAGGUAACAAAGGACUAUGGGGGCCUCCUUUGACGGUGGAUAACAAAGCAGGAUUGUCACCACCACCAACAGUGAAUAGAAGGCCUCCAAAUUCUGGACAUCAUCAUGAGGUUAAUUGGGAUCUUAUCAGUGUCGAACUUGGAUUUACAUUUGGCUGUGGAGUUGCCAUUGGAUCACUUGUGCUGUGCAAGAGAUGGAGUAAGUGGUAUUACAGAGCUAUGUGCAGCAUCCUUCUCAAGAUAUUCCCUCAGCUGGAGGAAAGAAUUGGGAACUUGAGAAUGGCUUGUAAAGCAAAGCUUAUGAUUCCUGAGGAUGAGAAGUACGAAGGAAAGCCAUUUGCCCUUUCACACACAAGGACCGCCAUUACAACAAUAAAGGCGAAGUUCAAUACGAAGCAGUUACAGAGGUUCGAGGGAAGUUGUUUUGGUCAUCUAUUACUGAUAGAGGACCUCAAGUGGAAUUCACAAAUUGUCCACGGCCUGUUGAUGAGGAAGGCUGAUCCUAAGACAGUUACACAGGUGAAUGGGAUAAAAUUCAUUGUGGGUAACAAGUUGAUACAAUUCACAGCCCAACAAUUUUGCCUCAUCACGGGGCUAAGGUUCGGAAAGCUCCCUUUCAUUCCGAAGGCGACAAAUGAAAAUUGCUCGUUGAAGCGAAAAUACUUCAGUAGCAAUAAACCUGCCACCCUUUCGGACCUACACACCGUCUUCAUCGAGUGCACAGAUGAUGAGGAUGCGUUAAGCUUGGAAUGGUCUAUUUUGCCAUUUUUAUUCUAUUGGGUAGUGAAAAGCAUGUGCUUAUUGACAUGCGCUAUUUGA